UGCAUAUGUGUGUGUGUGCGCGUGUGGGGGCAGCGGACAUCCCUCCCUACUGGCUGAUCACCACGCGAUACAGUGCGCGAGGAUGAGAGAUGGACAGCGCGCGAGAGAAGCUACAGCAAUAACAGGAAACUCUGAACGCGGAUGCUCCCGGUAAGCACAGCAGGCACCAGUGAGGGACACAAAAAAUAUAUUUCAUACUGCAGGAAAGCGACCGACCGGGGAACGCUUUCUGAUUGACUAUUUUGUACUAAUUCAAUACCAGAAAGGUGGCUAUGGAUUCCCCUUCAGAUCGAUUUCACCAGCAGCCAUCCCAAAUGUGUCCCUUCGAACUGUAUCGCGCUCUGCCAGACUCCAACCCCACAAGUCACAGAUUUUCACCUGGCAGUUUCUCCUCCCACCCCCUCUUCAACCCUCUCAUGCACCCCAGUAGCGCUUCCCAAAGGUGGGGUAGUUUCCGCCAGCGUCAGGGUUUGUUUCCUGGGCUGUUAGUAGAUGACAAUGUAAAUGAGGAGGAUGAGUUUGGUAAGAGGGAGCUUGCAGUUGGAUCCACCCCCAGCUAUCCCAGGGGACAAGAUUCUGCUCCUGAGCCGGAGGACUGGAAUCAUGAUUUUGAAAGAGUUAAACGACCGAGGAUGAACUCAGCUGUAAGAAAUGAAGAAGAGGUGGGUAGAGAAGGCAAGAGAGGGAGGAAGAGUGUUGCUUCGGUUAAAACAAAUGAAAGAAAAGGCGCAGAACAAGGAAACAGGAGGGAGAGCAAGGAGGGCAGAAAGCGUCAACGGCAAGAACUGAAGCUUCAGCUGGAGGAGACCAGAGGCAAACUUCUGGAACUGCAGGAGAAGGUAUGGCGGGUAUAUGGAGGGCAGCCAGAUGAAGAGAAAGGAGAUGAUGAACAGGAGAACGGAGCAUUAAAUCUAGAUGAGGUUGCGGAGAUGUUUUCCAGCGAUGAUGAUCCUCUCAUCAGUGGUGGAUUUUCUCCUCCACGCUGUUCGUCAAAGAAAAACAAUGAAAGCGAUCAGAAUAGGAAUUCGGGAAUAUUCCAAGAGACCUCCAUGGACCUUGACCUUGAGUUAAAUGGCGAUCAAGUGUGGCUGGGCUGCAGUCUGGUCAGGGGUGAGUGGGAGAGCGUAGAAGGGGGGCAGAAAUUCGCUCAAGCUCUGAAACAAGAACUGGCUAGCGUUGUAGCUCAGGUUAUCGAUAGAGUUGUUCGGCUUUAUGCUGAAACCGGUCCUUCCCCAGUCAUAUCUGGCACUGUUCCCCAAGAAACCAUUAAGACUUCGGAUCUAAACUUAGACGGGAGGCAGAAACCUGACAAAGUCGCUCAUGUGGUAGAACAAGUGGAAGCUUUACCACUUAUCACAAAGAGUUCCCAAGACAAGAGGACUCAGAGUGGACAGAAGGACCUCUCCGAAGCCAAUCCCAGCCUCGCUCCCCUAACUCAGCCGCCUCUCCCAGCCCUUUUGCCGCCUAGGAGCAAGGACCAAUUUCUGCCCUCUUAUCCCCCAGAUAACCCGGUACCCCUACCCCUUCUCCACUAUACCAUGCAGAAUCUCUUUGCUCGCUCGCUCUCCAGUUUACCAUUUCAUAAAGACUGUCUUUCCGAACCUUUCAUGGAGUUCCGUUCUCACAACUCUGCAUUCCCAGCCCUCCCCCUGCUGGGCCAGCUCGACCCGUCGCCGUCAGACAGAGCGAGAGAUGCAGGGAUGAGGGGAGGUGGAGCAGGAAUGGUGGAUGGAGGAGAUGCAGCACUCUAUCUUGCUGCUGGAUCAUCUCAGGAAGGUCUCUCUCCGUGCCAUCUGAAGAAAGCCAAACUCAUGUUCUUUUACACACGCUACCCCAGCUCCAGCACACUCAAAACAUUUUUCCCUGAUGUCAAGUUCAAUCGCUGUGUCACAUCCCAGCUGAUUAAGUGGUUCAGUAACUUCCGGGAGUUCUUCUAUAUCCAGAUGGAGCGCUUUGCCCGCCAGGCAGCCAGAGAGGGGCUCGCAUCUGCCAGGGAUAGAGCACUGCGCCUGGGCAGGGACUCUGAGCUUUACCGCAUUCUUAACAUGCAUUACAAUAAGAGCAAUGAUUACCAGGUUCCACAGAGGUUCGUGGAGAUAUCUGAGGUAGCCCUGAGAGAGUUUUUCUCUGCCAUACAGAGUGGCCGAGAUGCCGAUCCUUGCUGGAAGAAGGCCAUCUAUAAGAUUAUCGGUAAAUUAGACAGCCCAGUACCUGACAGCUUCCGCCUGCCCGGCUGCCCCACGGACAGUUAUCGGAUAGGCUGAACAGUGUGCACGGAUUUAUAAGUGUGCACGGUUAAGUAUGAAAAGUGAUCAAUUAGUGGCAAAGCUCUUAAAGGAUAAAAUUGUACAGAAUUGAGCUGUGAAGAUCAGUGGCACUGUAUAUGUGUUUUAAUACCACCACAACCACAAUGCUCGGAAGUAUUGCUUGUUUAAUUAUUAUCUCAUUGUUACUACAGUCCAGCAUCAUUUCAGCUAGCAGUAAGAAGUGCUCUAAUUAUACAGAAACAAGUUCUCAUUUUACAGGCUGUUAAUAUUGGUCAUUUAUUUAUCCAAAAUAACAAGCCUGGUUGGCUUUUGUUGAUCUUUUUAUAUUAUGUGUUCUCAUUAUAUAAUGUUGAUAAAUUUCUGUGGAACAGUGAUGUGUAAUAAAAAAGUACAAAUCCUUGCUGUCACUCUAAGCAUACUAAA